UGGGACGUCUGUGCGCCGGGGCUCGGAGUGCGGUGGCGGCUGUGGCCGUACUUUUUCUGGGGCUGCAUCUCUAGCCAAGCUGUGGGGAGUGCGUAGCGGGGCCGCCGGAGCCCAAGGAACGCGUGCGCUGAGGCGAGAGAGUCCCGGGCCGCCGAGCGCGCGCAGCUGGUUCCCCGCGUGGGUUGGGCGGAGGGUCCCAGGAGCGUGCGGCUGACAGAGCCACCCCGACUCCGGGCAGAACCCAGGGAGGAAACGAGAAGCGGCCGCGCGCUCCCCGCCGAGUUGCAGGCUGCUUCCUCGCUGCAAGAUGCCCAAGAAGAAGCCGACGCCCAUCCAGCUGAACCCGACCCCUGAUGGCUCGGCGGUUAACGGGACCAGCUCGGCCGAGACCAAUCUGGAGGCCUUGCAGAAGAAGCUGGAGGAGCUGGAGCUUGAUGAGCAGCAGCGGAAGCGCCUUGAGGCCUUUCUGACCCAGAAGCAGAAGGUGGGAGAACUGAAGGAUGAUGACUUUGAGAAGAUCAGUGAGCUGGGGGCUGGCAAUGGUGGAGUGGUGUUCAAGGUCUCCCAUAAGCCGUCUGGCCUAGUUAUGGCCAGGAAGCUAAUUCACUUGGAGAUCAAGCCAGCAAUCCGGAACCAGAUCAUCCGGGAGCUGCAGGUGCUGCACGAGUGCAACUCACCCUACAUCGUGGGCUUCUACGGGGCCUUCUACAGCGACGGCGAGAUCAGCAUCUGCAUGGAGCACAUGGAUGGUGGGUCCUUGGAUCAAGUGCUGAAGAAGGCUGGAAGAAUUCCUGAGCAAAUUUUAGGAAAAGUUAGCAUUGCUGUGAUAAAAGGCCUGACAUAUCUGCGGGAGAAGCACAAGAUUAUGCACAGAGAUGUCAAGCCUUCCAACAUCCUAGUGAACUCCCGUGGGGAGAUCAAACUCUGUGAUUUUGGGGUCAGCGGGCAGCUAAUUGACUCCAUGGCCAACUCCUUUGUAGGCACAAGGUCAUACAUGUCGCCCGAGAGACUCCAGGGGACUCACUACUCCGUGCAGUCGGACAUCUGGAGCAUGGGGCUCUCUCUGGUGGAGAUGGCAGUUGGGAGAUACCCCAUCCCUCCUCCUGAUGCCAAGGAGCUGGAGCUGCUGUUUGGAUGCCAGGUGGAGGGAGAUGCAGCUGAAACGCCACCCCGGCCGAGGACCCCUGGGAGGCCCCUCAGCUCAUAUGGAAUGGACAGCCGACCUCCCAUGGCAAUUUUUGAGUUGUUGGAUUAUAUAGUCAAUGAGCCUCCUCCAAAAUUGCCCAGUGGAGUAUUCAGUCUGGAAUUCCAAGAUUUUGUGAAUAAAUGCUUGAUAAAGAACCCUGCAGAGAGAGCAGACCUGAAGCAGCUCAUGGUUCAUGCUUUCAUCAAGAGAUCUGAUGCUGAGGAGGUGGACUUCGCAGGUUGGCUCUGCUCUACCAUUGGGCUUAACCAGCCCAGCACACCAACCCACGCCGCUAGCAUCUGAGCCUUUGGGAAGCAGCAAAGAGGAACUCCUCUGCCCAGCGGCAUGCCAUGUUGCUUUCAGGCCUCUCCCAUGCUUGUCUCUGUUCAGACGUGCACCUCAUCUGUGACAAAAGAUGAAGAACACAGCAUGUGCCAAAUUGUACUUGUGUCAUUUUUAGCAUCACUGUCUUUAUCACUAUGGUUACUCCCCUAAGUGGAUUGGCUUUGUGCUUGGGGCUAUUUGUAUGUUGAUCAAACUCAUACCAGGCUGAACUAUAGUGAAACCCUGGUGACCUGGGUGGUCAUUCUUACUGAUGUUUGCACUGCUGUUCAUGUUCCGUGACUCACUGGCUGCCUAGAUUGUCAGGAUUCUCGGCCCCUUGGUACUUCACUCUUGCUGGUGACCUCUCAGUCUGAGGAGAGGGAGCCUUGUGAGACCCUUCACAGGCAGUGCAUGGGAAGCAUGCUUUGCUGCUAAUGAAAUGAGCAUCAGAUUGUGUACAUCAUGUUAUUUUUAUUUUUUGCUUUUGGUAUAGAAUUUAGCAAUCCCCAUCAAAAAAAAAAGGAAAAAAACAAACAAACAAAAAAACCCCAAAAAUCUACCCAGAGCCCAUCACUGCCAUGAUAGCUGGGGCUUCAGUCUGUCUACAGUGGCGAUUUUUAGCCUUCUGGUUGUAUUUCUAUAUUUAUUUUUAAAUACACUGUGUGGGGUACUUAGUGUGGUAUACGUCUCUUAAGUUUGGAUUAGUGUUUCUAAACAGGUGGUUAUUUUGAACGUCAUAAAUGAAUUACGGCAUCAGUAUGUGUCAGAGUUCUAUCUUUUCUCCAAUCCCAGCACCAAUGCUAUUGUAAACGUGUAUAGUGCCUACAAAUUGUAUGAAAAUCCUUUUAACCAUUUUAAUCCAGAUGUUUAUCAAAUCUAAACUCUUAUUCUAAUAAAAAUACUAUCAAGUUAAAAUAA